ACGGAUAGUUGACAGUGAGUCUGUUGCAGUGUGGCUGUCCAGAGUCACUCUCACACCAUGGGAACAAAACAGACUCACAUACAUGCAGUGCAGCAGGUCAGCCUCCUGCUGAGAGCAGUUCUGCUCUUUGUUGUGCUGUGUGGCCCACAGCACGUAGCGUCAGACUCAGAUGAGGCGAUCCUGACUGAGUGGGAGAUCUGGAAGAGCAGCCAUGGCAUAGCCUACGAUGAAAUGGACGACAUGCAAAGGAGGGUCAUCUGGGAGGACAACAAGCGGAAGAUUGAAGACAACAAUCAAGGGUUUUUUAUGGGGAUGAGGCCCUUCAGUAUGGUCAUGAAUAAAUAUGGAGAUCUGACAAGACAAGAAUAUCAGGUUUUGCAAGGUGCCAGGAUAGACGCCCAAUUUGCGAAGAGAGGGAGGAUCGUCUCGUCCCGAAGGCUGCGUAACGUUGCUAAGAAGUUAGAUGCUUGGGUUGUGGACUACAGGAACAUGGGUUAUGUCACUGAGGUGAAAGACCAGGGUUACUGUGGCUCGUGCUGGGCCUUCAGCACCACAGGAGCUAUCGAGGGACAAAUAUACAAGAGGACGGGUCAGCUUGUAUCUCUGAGUGAACAAAACCUGGUGGACUGCUCCAAAUCUUACGGUACCUAUGGCUGCAAUGGUGCCUGGAUGGCCAACGCCUACGACUACGUGGUCAGCAACGGGCUACAGUCGACAAGCACCUACCCAUACACCUCAGUGGACACCCAGCCUUGUUACUACGACAGCAGACUUGCAGUUGCCCAUAUCAAAGACUACAGGUUCAUACCCAAAGGAGAUGAGCAGGCCCUGGCUGAUGCCGUGGCAACUAUCGGGCCAAUCACAGUAGCCAUUGAUGCAGAUCAUGCAAGCUUCCUGUUCUACAGCUCAGGGAUAUACGAUGAGCCCAGCUGCAACCCUAAUAAUCUGAGUCAUGCGGUGCUGCUGGUUGGCUACGGCUCUGAAGGAGGUCAAGACUACUGGAUCAUCAAAAACAGUUGGGGUACCAGUUGGGGUGAAGGUGGCUACAUGCGAAUCAUUCGAGAUGGCAGAAACACUUGUGGCAUUGCAAGCUAUGCUUUGUACCCUAUUCUAUGAUUCUAAUAAGAUGGCUCAGUUGAGUGUUAAUGCUAAACUCUUACACUGGACUGUCAGUGGGUUUCAAACAACAUCAGUCAUUGCUCAUUUUGUCUCUUAAGCACUCCUGUCAUCCUUAUUUUCUGAACUUUCUGCUGAAUCUUUCUGACACUGUAGAUAAUGUUGUGUGCAAAGACUCAAGACUCAUAUAAGCCUUUUACAGUGAACACAUUGCUUCUCUCAGGGACGUAGUAGACAGACCAGCCUAUGUGGCCAGAUUGAUUCAAUUGGCCUUCCAAACAUUUCAUUAAUUGGUCAAACUCACAAAAUAUGAAAAACUUCAAUUUGAAAAAUCAAAGUGAGACAAUGUAACUUUGUACAAAAGUAACAUAAUCCUUAAUUUUUAAAUGCAAGAUUGAAAAACUUUUUUUUUUUUAUUUUGAUACCACAGCCUUUCUAGAUCCAGUAUGACCAGUAGCUUACGGUGGCUAAUUUUGGUUAAUGUUAGCAGACUUACUGUAGUGUAUAACAGACGUGUUCUACUACUACUCUUCUCCACUUGUGCUACUUGUGUUACAGUAGCUUAGCAUUUUAGCUAAAACUGUCAGCAUUUAGCAUCACCCCCUAAAAGCCCUGUCACACCAGCAUUGAAAACGGCAUAAUUAUCAGAUUUGCUCACUGGGACACAGUAAAUCUGCACAAAUAUUGAGUUUAACUUUGGUAAACCGGCGAAUUUGUGCACUUAACCAGUAGCUAGCCGUCCUGACCUCUGAGGGAAUAGAGAGCUAGGGAGCCUGCCAAAUAUUUUGCAAAGACAUGAGGAUUAAUUUAGCUGUAUGUAACAUUUAGGAGGAUCUCUUAUCAGAAAUGCAAUAUAAUAUUCAAGGUACGUUUAGUGUAACACUGGCUGUAAAUAGAGAUUUCACUUUUUCUUGAGUUUCUCGACCACCAUAGUUUCUCCACACACUUCGCUGUUCACAGGUCAUCAACGAGAGACACCACCGGUGUCCAGUUAGUUUCAAUCUGAAACUUCACCACUAGAUGCCACUAAAUCCUACACACUGAUCCUUUAACUGUCACCACAAGUGACACAGUCUUGCUUGAACAAUGUGUUAUAAUUAUUGAUUAUUAUUAUGCAAGUACAUUUUAAGUAAAUCAGGGUGCCCUGGUUGUGAAUUUCACUGUUUGUUUUUAACCGUAAUGUUAUAUCUUCAGACUGCAAAACUCUUUUGUUACAGUAACACUGUUGUACUGAAAACUGAAAUAUUGAUAAUGACAUAUUGAGAGGGGGAGGGAUGAAGGAGUGGUGAAGGUAUGAAGGGGUGGUGUUGGUGGGGGACACAAACCAUGCAAAUUAAAAAUCUGACCCUGGUGGAAUCAGUGUUUCAGGCCUCAACGUGAAUCAGUUUGAGACAGAACAAAUAAAAUGGUGCUUGAUAUUUUCAAUGCAAAUAAAUGUUUCAGUUUUUUCAGUGGCAUAUUCUUUCAUAUUUUUCUACCAUUAUAAACAAUAUUGUAUCAAUUACUUAGUGCAUCAACUGGAUUGUCUUAAUUUCUGGACUGACUGAUAAUAAAGUGAACCAUUUUGUUCUAA